CCUGGCAUCACCCAGCUUCGAAGAAUAGGUUAUGUAUGUUUACUGAAUGUCCCUCUGCCUAGAACCCAGUUCCCCACUCUGUUUGCUGGGUGACCUCCUAACUCAUCCUUCAGGACCCAGCAAAGGCUCUGACCUCUAGGAAUUCACCCGAUGCCCCCAGAGGUCUCUCUCGGCUCCCUCCACCCUGGCUCUCCCUGGCCCGGCAUCUCCCCUCCCACUGUCCUAGAGGCUGUUGCCAUCUGGGCCCCAGCAUGUCUCCCCCAGCAGACCAGGAACCCCUCGAGGGCAGGUCUGACUCAUCUUGGGUCUGAGAGCUGCCCAGCACAGGACAUGCGGGUCGAAUGAACAAGGGAGGCCCCAAGGCCCUGAUCUCACUCCUCUGGGCCUUGGCCUUUGCUCUUCUCCACGUGGGGUGACCUUUUCCUUCUCUACUAGCAAACACCCGCUCCUCUGUAAGGCGCCAGCUCACAUGGCACCUCCUCUGUGACGCCCUCCCUGACUGCCCGGUGGUCAGUGUCUCUCUCCUCUGGGCUCCCCCGGACCUCCAUAACACAUCCUGACUAUCUGGGCAGUGACAGUCUGGGUCUAGAGACUCCUGGAAGGCAGGAUCUGGGUCUGACCCAUCUCUGUGCUCCAGGCAAUGCUGACCAUAAGUCAGCCUCAGACCAUUUGGGGCACAUCAGCAAAACACAGACGAAGCACCUCUGAUCUAGGGCUCCUCCCACUUCUAACUUCAUACCACCUACCCUCCAGCGUCUUCAAUGUCCACUAUGACUUCACGCAGUUGCCCUGUGAAAGGCUAUCAGGUCCCUGUCUACGGCUACCAGGUCUUUCACAGCCACUGUGACUUCCAGGAUUAAAAGCCCUUUGGCGCCCACCAUGCCUUCUCCACCUUUGAGACCCUCAAAGCCCAGCAUGUCUCUGGCAUCCACUGGACCCUCAAUGCCCACAAUGUCUUCCAAGUCUCCUGCCUCCCUGAAGACCACCAAGUCGGCAAUGCCCAUCAGCUCUUCAGCACCCACCAAGCAAUCGACAGCCCCCCAAUCAGUCAUGAGCCCAAGCAGCUCCAAGUCUACCAAAGAAGCUCCUUUAAACCAGCCCAGCAACAAGUCUCGAGUCCACAGCCGAACAGACACCUCCAGCAAGGCGUGCAUGGACACCAGGGCCAGCACAGCGAGUGCGGUGAAACACCACCGGCCAAAGGGAACACACAGCCGGGGCAGAACUUCUGGUGGAAAGGGAAGCCGCGGCUCCCAAAGGUCACCCAGCAGGGCCAGCACUAGCAGCAGGAUGAGAACUCACAGCACCAGAGCAGGCAUGGCCGGCAGCGUGAGAACUCCGACUUCCCAGCAAAAACAGAGUCGGGGCAAGAGUCACAGCCAGCCUAGAACCACCAACAAGGAAAGUGAGAGCCAGCCUAGAGAGAUGAGCAGAGAGAAGAGUUACAGCUCACCAGGAGCCUCAAGUAUGGAGAAGAGUUCUGAGCUGGCUGUAACCCCCAGUAGGGCAAAGAGAUACACCCCCACUAGGACUCCCUUCAAGGAGACAGGUUACAGCCGGUCUCCAUCAUCACUGAGGAGAGUGAAGAGUUAUAGUCAGAUGAUCACCCCCGGCAGGGAACAGAGUUUCAGCCCACCUGAAAUGUCCAGCAAGGUCGACCGGUCUAUCACCCCCAGCAGGACCUGAAGUCACAGCUGGUCUAGAACACUCAGAAGAGCAAGAAGUCACAGUUGGAAGAGGGCCCAGAGCAGGGUAAGAAGUCACAGUUGGAAGAGAAAUCAUAGUAGGGCAAGAAGUCGUACCCGGAGGGAAACUCCCAGUAAGAUGAGAAGACAUAGCCAGUCUAGAAGCUACAGCAAGGGGAAAAGUUAUAACCAAUCUAGAACCCACAGGAGGAAAAGAAGUCACAGCCAGUCUAGAAGCCCCAGCAAGGGAAGAGAUGACAGACAAUCUAGGAGCCCCAGCAAGGGGAGAGGUCGCAGACAAUCUAGAAUCCCCAGCAAGGAGAAAGGCCACAGACGAUCUAGAACUCCCAGCAAGAAGAGAAACUGCAUCCAUACUGGAACCUUCAGCGAGGAGAGAGAUCAUAGAGGAUCUAAGGUCCCCAUCAAGGAGAGAGAGGUAUCCAGCAAGGAAAGAGAUCACAGAUCUAGAACCCUUAGAAAGGAGAGAGAUCACAGCCAAUCUAGAAACUCCCAAAAGCAGAGACACCACAGCCAAUCUAGAAGCUCCAGCCAGGAAAAAGGUCCCAGUCGAUCUAGAACGCCCAGAAGAGAGAGAGAUCAUAGCCAAUCUAGAAUCCACAGACAGGAGAGACACCAUAGCCAAUCUAGAACCUUGAGCAAGGAAAGACAUCAUAGUCCAUCUAGCACCCCCAGAAGAGAGAGAUGUAGCGAACAAUCUAAAAUCUCCAGCAAGAGAGAUUAUAGCCAAUCUAGGAGCCCUAGCAAGGAGAGAGCUCAGAGCCAAUCUAAAACUUCCCAGAAGGAGAGAGAGCACAGCCAAUCUAGAACCCCUGGAAGUCUCAGCUGGAAGGGAUCCACUAGCAGGGCACAGAGUCCAAGUCAGAAAAGAACACCCAGCAAGACAAGUAAAGAUUCCCCCUCAAAAUUUCUCAGUGGAGUCCCAACCCCACACCAGGAUGAUAUUCAAGCCAACACCACCACCCCUAAGGCCGCCUCACCUGGAGAGAGGUCCUCAUCAUCUUCUUCCAAGCUGGCAUAG